ACAGCCAGUGACAGUAUGAAGGCUCGGGAUCGCCUUCUGCUCAUCAUCCUAUGCUCCUUGGCCUUCUCUGCUGUCUACGUCCUCCUGUGCUGCUGGGCCUGCCUGCCCCUCUGCCUGACGACCUGCCUGGAGGACCGCCCCCCACCUCUGAGCUCCAGGCCCACGGUGCCGGGGCCCCUGCACUUCAGUGGCUAUAGCAGCGUGCCAGAUGGGAAGCCACUCAUCCAUGAGCCUUGCCGCAGCUGUGCGGUGGUGUCCAGCUCCGGCCAGAUGCUCGGCUCCGGCUUGGGUGCCCAGAUCGACGGGGCCGAGUGUGUACUGCGCAUGAACCAGGCGCCCACCACGGGCUUUGAAGUGGACGUGGGCCGGCGCAGCACCCUGCGCGUGAUCUCGCACACGAGCGUGCCGCUGCUGUUGCGCAACUACUCGCACUAUUUCCAGCAGGCCCGCGACACUCUGUAUGUGGUUUGGGGCCAAGGCAAGCACAUGGACCGGGCCCUGGGGGGCCGCACCUACCGCACACUGCUGCAGCUCACCAGGAUGUACCCAGGCCUGCAGAUAUACACCUUCACCGAGCGCAUGAUGGCGUACUGCGACCAGAUCUUUCAAGAUGAGACUGGAAAGAACCGGAGGCAGUCUGGCUCUUUUCUCAGCACCGGCUGGUUCACCAUGAUCCUGGCCCUGGAGCUGUGUGAGGAGAUCGUGGUCUACGGGAUGGUCAGCGACAGCUACUGCAGGGAGAAGAGCCACCCCUCGGUGCCUUACCACUACUUCGAGAAGGGCCGGCUGGACGAGUGUCAGAUGUACCUGGCGCACGAGCAGGCGCCCCGGAGUGCCCACCGCUUCAUCACCGAGAAGGCCGUGUUCUCUCGUUGGGCCAAGAAGAGGCCCAUUGUGUUUGCCCACCCGUCCUGGCAGCCCCAGUAGUCCCCGGUGCCGGCUGGCUGGCUGUCAUGCCUCCGAAGGCCUGCGUCCCAUCCCAGGCCACCACACUCCAUCAAGAACAUGUGAUUUAUGACUCUUGCCUCCUGCCACAUGCCAGUGCACCUAGGGAUCCUUCCUACCCCGGCCUGGGGAUACUCGGAGCCAUCUCUUGUCUCAUGACUUGAGGGGGAAGGGGAGGAGCUUUCUCUCCCACCCCCAUUCCUGAGGAAUCCAUGUCUUCAUUUUGGGGUUCAUCCCACCACCAGGUCUCUCAAGUGUCCUUUGCCCUGGGGCCAGUGGCCCCCUCACUCACCAGCAUCAUGACCUUAUGCCAGUCCUGGUCCUUCCUUUACCCACCCCAGCUGCCUAUGGUGCCACAUUCUUGGGCUGGUGGCCCUGUUGAGGCAGCCCACAGCCUGGGGUUUCUUGGUGCAGGGGCCUUUGGGCAGUGAUUGCCAGGGCCUCUCUGGAGCGUACGGGUAAACGCGUUUUCUGGACCCUG